GGAGGAGGAGGACGAGGAGGAGGAGGAGGAGGAGGACUCCCGCGCCCCCGCCGCCUCAGGUCAUUGCGGAACGCCUUGCAUCCCUGAAGAGCUUUAGUUGAAGAGCGAGGAAAAGAUGGGUGUGAAAACAUUUACUCAUAGUUCCCCUUCCCACAGCCAGGAAAUGCUUGGAAAGCUAAAUAUGCUUCGCAGCGAUGGACACUUCUGUGAUAUCACCAUCCGUGUCCAGGACAAAAUCUUCCGGGCACACAAAGUGGUUCUGGCAGCGUGUAGCGAUUUCUUUCGCACCAAACUUGUUGGCCAAGCAGAGGAUGACAGCAAGAGUGUGUUGGAUUUGCACCACGUCACAGUGACUGGCUUCAUCCCCCUCCUCGAGUAUGCUUACACAGCAACACUGUCAAUUAACACAGAAAAUAUUAUCGACGUGCUGGCCGCAGCCAGCUAUAUGCAAAUGUUCAGCGUCGCCAGCACCUGCUCGGAGUUCAUGAAAUCAAGCAUCUUAUGGAAUACUCCCAACAACCAGCAAGAAAAGGGACUAGAGACAGGACAAGAAAACAGUGCUAACUGCAAUUUUACCUCUCGAGAUGGCAGCCUCUCUCCCGUUUCUUCAGAAUGCAGUGUGGUAGAAAGGACCAUCCCCGUUUGCCGAGAGUCCCGUAGAAAGCGUAAAAGCUACAUUGUUAUGUCUCCGGAGAGUCCCCUCAAGUGUAGCACCCAGACAAACUCCCCCCAAGUGCUGAAUUCCUCAGCUCCCUACUCCGAGUCAAGAAAUCAACCAGUCGACUCCUCCUUAUCCUUUCCCUGGACUUUUCCGUUCGGAAUCGAUCGGAGGCUUCAGUCGGAGAAGGUGAAGCAGGCCGAAAACCCCAGGACUUUAGAACUCCCAGGUCCUUCUGAGGCAGCCAGAAGAAUGGCUGACUAUGUGGCUUGCGAGAGCACCAAGGCUAACUUGCCGUUGGUGACCGAAGAAGACGUGCGGGUCAAAGUGGAAAGGUUAAGUGACGAAGAAGUUCACGAGGAAGUUUCGCAGCCCGUCAGUGCGUCUCAGAGUUCCUUGAGCGAUCAGCAGACGGUCCCCGGGAGUGAGCAAGUUCAGGAAGAUCUUCUGAUUAGCCCUCAGUCAUCCUCUAUAGGCUCAAUAGAUGAAGGGGUCACUGAGGGAUUACCUACACUUCAAAGUACCUCUGGCACUAAUGCUCAUGCAGAUGAUGAUGAUCGAUUGGAAAAUGUUCAGUACCCCUACCAGCUCUACAUUGCUCCUUCUACCAGCAGCACAGAAAGACCAAGCCCAAAUGGUCCAGAUAGGCCUUUCCAAUGUCCAACUUGUGGGGUCCGAUUCACCCGCAUUCAGAACCUCAAACAGCACAUGCUCAUCCACUCAGGCAUUAAACCAUUUCAGUGUGACCGCUGUGGGAAAAAGUUCACCCGGGCUUACUCGCUAAAGAUGCAUCGCCUGAAGCACGAAGGUAAACGCUGUUUCCGGUGCCAGAUAUGUAGUGCCACUUUCACUUCCUUCGGGGAAUAUAAACACCACAUGCGGGUUUCCCGGCACAUUAUCCGCAAGCCUAGGAUUUACGAGUGCAAAACAUGUGGCGCCAUGUUCACCAACUCUGGCAAUUUAAUCGUGCACCUGAGGAGUCUGAACCAUGAAGCGUCAGAGCUAGCAAACUACUUCCAGAGCAGUGAUUUCCUAGUGCCGGACUACUUAAAUCAGGAGCAGGAAGAGACCCUUGUUCAAUAUGAGCUUGGAGAACACAGUUUUGAAAGCAACUCCUCUGUCCAAAUGCCUGUCAUUUCACAGGUCUCGUCGACUCAAAAUUGCGAAAGCACUUUCCCCUUGGGGUCUCUUGGUGGGCUGGCAGAAAAGGAGGAAGACAUGCCAGAGCAGCCAAAGACCAGCUCCAGUGCUGAGGCAGCCAGAGACGACCCUCCAAAAUCAGAGCUGUCUUCUAUUACUAUUGAGUAAUUUCACGGUUUGGCUUCAUUUUUUGUUUUUUUUUUUGGAAAGUGCCUGUGCUUGGUCCUGUAUAUUUUUUAAUUUAAUUUAAAACCAACAACAACAACAAAAAAAAAACAAACAUAAAAGGGUUGGGGAAAAGAAUUCCCCUUUUACUCCGCUAGCUAUGCUUUAAAUAGAAAACGACAACAGAUGUCACAUUCUCACGACUGAGCGAUCACUUCUUUAAAGACUGAGUGCACAGUAAGACCAUGUCAAAACAGAAUAGAAGCUGUGAUACACUUCCAGAGAACCAACUGACUCUAAAACACUGACGAAUUUCUUCUUCCACUGUUAGGGCAGGUUAUGUUUCUCACUGCUCCGCCCCGUUGGGGAAAGAAGAAAGCUGAAGACUCCCUAACCUGCCUAAGAUGCAAGAAUGCAUCGGAUAUCAGUGGCUGAGUAGAGUUUUAACCAAUGUCCCGAGUAGGUGUCUAACCCUCUACUUGGAACGCGGAGUGACAUUUUGUAGUAACGCCUGCUGUUUUCUUCAAGUGUUUCCGGUAAAGCUUUCCUGGCAAAUGGUUAUGUGUAAACAUUUCUGAAAUUUAACAGAAUUGCCUUUUUGAAGCUUCAUCAACCUUUUUAAGGUCUCUUGUGACGAGUAGAUUCAUACUGGGACAAGUGCUCCCACCUUUGGUGGUUCUCCUCCCCCUCCCCACCCAUAAGAAAUUCUUUCUUGCUUUGCUUCUGCGGAGGAAGGCAAGGAACUUUAGUUAGGAUCGGUCUUAAUGGUUUGCUUACGACAAAGCCGUGAGUCUAGGUAGGCAGCGAGAAGAGUAAGUCCAAGUCUAACAGAGAUCCUUUGGGAUUCUGCAGUUCCGUGUACAUAUUCAUGUGCACAAAGACACAUACAGAAAUGACCUCAGCUGUGAUUGUUGAUUAUUGGCUCAUUUGUUUCUAAUCCAAAUCGGUUUUCUUCCUGGUAGGAGUGUCCCUAGAGAGGUUGAGGGGCUGGUGGAAGUUACCCAGUUUAUGGGGGCGUUUCAA